GCUGGGUCUACUUGUCCCAAGAGAUGAAAAAUGCAAUGGGAAUAGAAUUAGUGCGGGGAAUGGCGCCGGAUUCGCUGUUCAGACAAGCGGAACGAGAAGUGGUAUGGGCGGCGUGUCAGCGGGCGGAAAUGGAAAUGGAUAAGAUGGAGGUGCGAGUGGAGCUAGGGGAUAGGAAAAAUGUGAGGCGGCCUCUUAGAACAAUGAGGGUAGGUAAAGGGAUGGCGUCAGAAGAGGAGGCCGAAGGGUUGCGAAAAAAGGGGAGUCAGGGCACAGAUAAGGGUGUGGAACGGAAUGAAGGGUCGAUAAGGGACCGAGAGUCGACAAAGCCAGAAGGGACCAGGGAGGAUGGGAAGGACCCUUCGACGGGGGAAAGUUCCGGGAAAGCUAGGGGUGGCAAGAGAGGGCCCCAGGAAAAUAAGGGAGGAAGGGACCACGGCAAGACGAGUCCUCGGAACUUGGAGGGGACCACACCCAAGAAAACGAAAGUCUCGGACGCACGUCGUAAGCUGGCAGAAAUAGAAAAGCGAACCGCAGAAUAUAAGGCAAGGCUUAUUGAAGAGAUGAUGGCAGGGAACGAAGGAGACCUUCUGGGGGAAGGGUCACGAGAAGAACCCAGGGCCAGUCAGGGCGAAGUUCGGCACGGAGGAAAGGACAAUAUCCUUAGGGGAACACCCGGUAACAAGGGAAAGGAAAAGGGGGACUCCCCGACUGUAGAAGCAGAAAAGGUUACGACCCCACCCGCUAUAAACAGUGGUGCUAGCCGUUUGCCCGCCACACCGAAAGUAACCAAGAGGUGCGACGGACUUUGGAGUCUCAGAGAAAGGGUGUUACGAUGGUUUAAUCCGAAGGACACGCCAAAGGUCGGGGAAAAGCAGAGGGAUAGUAAGGAAGGAGAAGGGACCAGUGCGGCCAAGGAAGCGGGGAGCUCUGAAGGGGGCCUCAAGAAGAUAGUAGCCACCCUCACUCGGGCGCUGAAUAAAAAUCAGGGAUAUCUUGCGGAUGCCAAGAAGAAACUUACUUUCGAUGGGGCAAAUAUUACAGAGUUCCUGAUAGACUACGAGAACAUGACAGCCUUGCUGAAAUGGACUGAAGAAAAAAAGAUGGACCACUUAGGGCAACAUGUGUCGCUAAGCUUAGGAAGAGACAUUAUGGCUAUUGUCGCCUCUAGUGGAUCCUGGAAAGAGACCCGGAACGAGAUGAUGAGGAAGUACCUGAAGGCAGAGAAAAUGGCAACAGAAGCUGAAUUGGCGGCAGUCCAAAGGAAGAACUAUGCGACUUACAACGACUUCCUAAGGGCGUUCACUCUAGCAGCACUACGAAUCCUCAGGGUAACGGACCGUAUAAUGAGUAAUGAGCAGGAUAGGGUGAAUAUCACCACCUGGCGGGCAGGCGCGGAAAAGAAACUUAUUCAAGAUUCAUUAAUGGAAGAGGUCGCGGGGACUCGUGCAGAUCAAGGUGAGACCAAGACCGGGGAACAGGAAAAGGUUUAUGGGAAGAUAAGGGAAGAGGAGCCAAUAGACAAAGCCACGGCGGCAAAGAAGAAAUUCGAGUGCCAGAUUCCGAUCCUGAUUAUGCCAGAAAUCGACGACACCCUGAGCAAACUCCUGGGUACCAUGGUAUCUGUAUCGUUUCAAACCAUGCUGCAAGCAAGCCCGAGAUUGCUUAAAGGUCUCAGGCAAUUGUUAACGCGCCGACGCGUAGAGGUAGAGGAGGCAUCGGAACCACAAGAACAGGAAAUGGAGGAGGCGGAGUUGUCUGUCAAUGACGUUGCGAAUGCCCCCAGCAAUAGUGCUAACACCCCCGUUGAAGUUUAAGUCCAACUUUCGAAAAAUUGUCGGGCUGUAGGAGAGGGAUUGAAAAUAGGAGACUCUUUUCGACAAGAAAGAAAGUAAGUUGAAUUUGAAGGCGAAAACGUUGUCGGAGCAGGUAGUAGUAAGAAAACUAAGGGAAAACGUAGAGUCUAAAGCGAGUCAUCCUUCCUUCCAUUGUAUGGCAUGCAGUUGAUACGAUAUGGACAUCGCAAACAACUGGAAGGGCCGAAGAAAUAAACGGGACCGGAUAGG